AGUUCAGAGUAUGAUUAUAUACGCUCCUUAUUUCUGGUUCUGAUGAUAUCAUAAAUUAUCAUUAGUACAUUGGUUCAUUUAGAAUAGGUAAAUGUUAUUGAUAUUUAUUGACAAUGAUGUCUCUAGUAGUACGCUAUCAGCAGUGAUUUUCAAAAUCCGUUGUUUUUCUUUCUUCCAAACUCUGCGGGUUUUGCGGGAAUUCCAACUGGACGGUGGUGCAAACGUAAAAAGAAGACAGCGCAAAUUCACUUUUUAUGUUGUGCAAAUUUUAUUUGGGUCAACGCAAAUUGGUAGGAAAAACCCAGUAAAUGUGAUAGUUGCUAGAAUAUUCUGGAUAGCUUCUUAUUUGAUUUUGAAAAAAGAAAAGAAAAAAGAACUGAGACUAUCUUUAUGCGGCUCUGUCACAAUUCUAUCUGUAUUCAAGGACGGAUUUCAAGCGGAUGUUAACAGUUUGGGACAUGCACAAAAAAUCAUGGAAGAAAUAAAGAAUUACCCUGCUGAAAGAAUAUACAACGUGGAUGAAUCAGGUUUAUUCCAUUGCAACAAGGCUGAAAUUGUUUCGCUUCAACUUGUAGAUAAUGGGCUGUACAUCACUACACCAUUAUCAAGGUUGUCAAUGCCAAAGUCCCCUCUAGAAUUUGUCGAUGGUUCGAUGGAAUGGUUUGAAUAUCAACGCUGCAAUGGAAAGUAUUUUAUAGUUGUCGAUCUUCAUCAAUCGCAAUACGACUGGGGAAAUAGAAUGUUCUACUUUACCGAUUCCUAUCUUGGCCGAAAACGUACCAUCCUUAGCCUGGAUACUAUGAUUGCAAGUGCUGGAACGAUGGACUGUGGGCAAACAAAUCAUCACUAUGUUUUCCGAAAAAGCAUGGUGUUGGGUCAAGACACAAAUUCUGGAAUUACAAGCUGUAUCCCGUACGUCAACUCAAAUGAUGCAUUCUGUAUAUACCAGAUUUAUCCGGGAUCCUGUAAUUACAGGAUCAUUUUUUCUAAGGUGGAUGGUGUUGCCAUCCUUGGUUGUUUUCUAGUUUAUUAUAUUUUGUUCAUAGGCAAUCUUAUACCCAAUAAUGAGCAUCUACUUCUGAUUCAUGCCCCCAUUAGUCAGAUUCAAUUGGCUGAUUUAUAUAGAUAA